AAACCUCAUUCUGCGCCUCGAAGCACCUCCGACCAUUCGAAUGUCGCGCUCGAGCACGGGUUGUCGAAGGGUGCAGUCUGGGCCGAGCAGAUGCAACCUAUACCGAAGCUUAUCCCCUUCCUCUCGCUCUUGACGGCUGAAGCUGGCAGUCAGUCUGCUUGUGACGAGUGGGCGGCAUGAUAGCGCAUGUGCCGGCAGACGAUGGUUGGGACUCGGGAGAAGGAGGAGGAGGUCGGGGUAGAUUUUUCUUCCCUGGUGGUCAAAUCUAGGACUACCUAAGGUUUGCAACGCUCCCUUUCUUCGAUCGUUCGACAUCCAAUGGCUACUAUGAAGCCUUUGACAAGACUGUUCGCAGCUGCUGGGCUCGUUUCACUAGUUGGAGCCCAGACAUUCCAGAGACAUGGCACUUGCCCUACACUCGGAUGCGUAACUCCACCUGACCAGCAGGACUUCCUCGCCGGCCAAUACUUCGAUAUACGUGUCGAGGUUCACGCACCUGUCAAUGGCUCCGAAGCCACCAACGGCGUGCCCGAUGAGCACUUCACAUUCACCAUCAGCAAAGAUGGGAGCGCUCCCCAGCCCGUCACCACCUACUUUGACCUAGACGAGCCCGAGAUCGAGACUUGGGACUUCAGCUGGUACGAGGAUCUCUUCGCCUAUGAUGCUCACACUCCGUCCGCCGUCAAUGUGGCUUCCAAGGCAUGGCGAAGAGUGGCUCUCUACGAGCCGGGCGAAUACACUGCGGUCCUGACGUACAACAACGGUACCACGACCACGGCCAACUGGCUGGUGCGUGACAUCGAGCAGGUCCGCAAGACCAAAAACAUCCUCCUGUUUAUUGGCGAUGGCAUGACGACGAAUAUGGUGACCGCAGCUCGCCUUAUUGCACACAAGACUGUGAAUGGCCGUUACCAGAGCACCCUGGCCCUGGACAAGUUUCCGACAAUUGGACAUCAAAUGACCCAUUCGAUCGAUACGUUCAUGACCGACUCUGCCAACUCUGCAACCGCGCUGUACUCAGGUCACAAGUCGACCGUCAAUGCUCUGGGUGUAUACGCAGACACCUCCCCGGAUACUUUUGAUGACCCCAAAGUAGAAAGCAUUGCCGAGAUCUUCCAUCGUCUGGUUGGCGGCCAUGUGGGCAUUGUGUCGACCGCUUUCAUCGCAGACGCCACUCCCGCAGCUUUGACUGCUCACACGCGAGACCGUGGUGAUUACGAGGCCGUCAUCGAUUCCUUCCUUCAUGGUAUCGUCAACUAUACUUGGACUGAAUGGUCUGGCCCAGAUGUACUAUUUGGUGGUGGGGCCGAGAACUUCUGCGACCCAGCUAAAGGUGCCUCGGGCGGCAAGACUUACCAGGAUCUUGACUACUACAAGGUCUUUGCUGAUGCUGGUUACAACGUGGUCUACAACAAGACCCAGCUGGACGCUACCCCCAGUGACGAGAGGACCCUUGGUAUUUUCUCCCAGUCGAACAUGGCCAAGUGGCUCGACAGGAACGUCUACACUGCCAACCUCAACCAAACCCUAUCUCCAACGUGCGACAAAGGUGCAACUGCUGCCGACCAGCCAGGUCUCAAAGAGAUGACCAUCAAAGCCAUUGACAUCCUCAACAACCGUGCCGGCGACAAGGGAUGGUUCAUCAUGUCCGAAGCCGCCUCCGUCGACAAGAUGAUGCACGUCCUCGACUAUGACCGCGCUCUUGCCGAGCUGCUCGAAUUAGACGACACGGUCAAGCACUCCAUCGCACACCUCAAGGAGCUAGAUGCCCUCAAAGACACACUCGUCCUCGUCACAUCCGAUCACGGGCACGGCUUCGACGUUUUCGGAAACGUCGACACCAAAUACUUCAACGCGCAAACCGACGACCGCGCCAAACGGAACGCCAUCGGACCCUACGAACGUUCCGGUCUUUCGGGCUACAUCAACAGCGGAGACCUUCGCUACGGCGACUCCAACUUCCCCUCCAACUGGGAACCCCGUUACACCCUCGCUCAAGGCUUCUCCGCCAACCCCGACCACCGCGAAAACUACCAAGUCCACAAAUUCGGACCCCGCUUACCCGCGUCCAACAUCUCCGGCUUCGCCACGACCGAUUACUUCGUCAACCUCCGCGACAACGUCAACGGAUUCCUCGUCAAUGGCACUUUACCCGCAUCCUACAACCAAGGCGUCCACUCCCUCACCGACGUCGCCGUCUGGGCCCAAGGACCCUGUUCGGAAAUUUUCGGAGGCGUGUACAAUUCCAUUGAUGUGUUUUUCAAAAUGGCCGAAUGUUUGGGUUUGUCCGAGGUGAAGAAGAAGGAGAAGUGGGGGUCCCCCAAAGAGCAUCCGGAUAAUUGGGCCAAGUGUGGUGAGGGCAAGAAAGGAUAUCAGAAAUUCGAUGAGAAACAUCCGCGUUAUGCGGGCGAGAAUGCACAUGGACAUAAUACGGGUGUGAAGCCGAGGAGUCCGUCACAUGGACAUGAUUAUUGCUAGAAAGGAAGAGAAAGUAAAAAAAGAUUCAUAAAGAUUAUUUAUUU